AUGGCUACGACGACGUUCUACACGAAACAAAGGUGCAACUGGAUAGAAGGAAGAGAUGCAAAAGUUGAUGAGGUUAUGCGAGAAUGGAUGCAUAAAUUCUGCACACUCCAAGAUGUCAAGAUUUGUGUUUCCACAUUCAACGUUAACGGAAAAAGCCCUCAGUCCGUAUUCCCUACAUGGUUCUCACAGAAUAAAGAGGAUAUUGCUGAGUUCUAUGCUGUCGGCCUUCAAGAAAUGGAUCUGUCUGUUGGAACCUAUAUAAUCGACAAUACAAAGAAAAUGGAAGGUUGGGUCGAUGCAAUCCAUUGUUCUUUACCAGGAGGACGAACUCAUUUCAAUGUGGUCGGUUCGAUGCGACUCGUUGGAAUUUUCGUUAUCGUUUUUCAAGCCGCACAUAGCAAAGUUCGAGUUAGUGAUGUGAAUGUGAAAUACGUAGCAACUGGUAUAUCGGUGCUUGUCAACAAAUUGGGCAACAAAGGAGGAACCGCUAUUUCAAUGAAGAUGAAUGAUACAUGGGUGUGCUUUGUGAAUGCUCAUUUUGCGGCUGGAAACAAUGAGCUGGAACGGAGAAACCAAGAUUUUCGAGAUAUUUAUAAUGGUGUUGUUUUUUAUCCAAGAAGUCAACAAGACGGGUUGAGAGACCGACCUCUUGAAGUACCUGUUAUGUGUCUCUAUGAUCACGAUGUUGUUUUCUGGUUUGGAGAUUUAAAUUAUCGACUGAAUACGGAUAUAUACGGAAUAUCAAAUGAUGAAGUGCGACGGAUAGCUUCUAGCGAAAAGUUUGGAGAUUUGUUCCAAUAUUGUCAGCUUCAAGAGCAGAUGGCACGUGGCACAGUCUUCAAAGACUUUCAAGAACCAAAAGUCUUACCAUUCCGGCCAACAUACAAGUACGAUUGUGGUACUAACACGUGGGAUACUAGUGAGAAAGGAAGAGUUCCUGCAUGGACAGAUCGUAUUCUGACAUACAAAAAGUAUCCACAAGUUGGAUUGGAAUUGAUACGGCCUAUGGAAAGUGUUGAAACUAUCACCAUUUCGGAUCACAAGCCUGUUCGAGCUUUGUUCAAUUUGAAAGUAAAAAAGAUCAAUGAAAGCGGGGCGAACAGCGUUUACGAAGAAGCGAUACGAGAAUCGGAUCGACGAGCGAAUGAAGAGUUGCCACAGGUUCAAUUGAGUCUCAACGAAGUUGAUUUCGGUAUCGUAAACUAUCUGGAACCAAAAACGCGCAGUGUUAUUGUACAAAACGUCGGAAAGUCAAAGGUGCGGUUCUCAUUCAAAGUCCGUCCGAAUGCACAGAACAAUCAAGAAAUUUGCGAGAAAUGGCUGAUGGUGACGCCUACUCACUACCAAAUACCUCAAGGUUCUUCUAUGGAGAUCAGUUUGACAGUUUCGAUAAGCACUGAUAUUGUUCGACGAAUCCAAGAUAUUUUACGAAAUGGACAACUCCAAGAAAUUCUCGUUUUACAUCUUGAGAAUGGACGCGAUUAUUUCAUACCUGUUACUGCUGUCUACAACAAUUCAUGCUUUGGAAGUACUUUAGAAAAGCUUUUAUCAGCAAGACCCAAGAAAGAAGUUAAUUUAAUUGAUUUUGAUGACUUGGAGAGUUCUUUAUCGGAUAAUUGUCCUCCGAAUGUUCCUCGUGUCAUUUAUCGACUGGUGAUGGCUCUCAGAGCUCGUGGUGCAGUGCAACUGAAUAUAGAAGAAGAACAAGAUAACGAAGUGUUUAAUCGAAUUCGCCAAGCUCUUGAAACUGGACACCCUGACGACAUGAGUCAAAUAGCAUCUUCUUAUAUGUUGUACAGUGCAUUAAUACGACUUCUCGAUUCUCUAGAUGAGCCAAUUAUUUUAGAAGGAAUGUUCAAGAUAAUACACAAAGAGAUGAUACGAUACAGAACGGAUGCUAGGCAACUGUGGACUGUGGUUCGAUCAAGUCUUCCGAAGCCAAAUCAAGCAGUUUUAGAACUUAUUUGUCUUAUGCUCCGCGAGUUUUUCAGCCAGAAAUACGAACUCAGAGAUCAACUAUCCCUUUGGGGAACCGUGAUGUUCCGACAUGAUAUUACCGAAGAAAAAACGCACGGAAUGUUUGCUACAGUUCUGCAGACGAUGUGCGACUAUGCAGCUGACGUUGCUCUUGGAUGA